AUGGAUCUUUCCUCAGCUGUUGGAACAGCAUUAAUAGGGAGGAAGCAUUUUUUAGUAUCCUGUGACAACAUAAGUGACACCGUAUCAGAGAUCCAGAAAAUUUUAGAGAGAUUCAAUUUAAAGGUCUCCGUCUGCGAAAUCACUGAUGCUACACAAUGGGAAGACAUUUGUACAGAGUUCUCCCCGCCGACUCACAGGGACAUCAUUAUUCUUCCUCAGCUGGCGAAAGGAAGUUCCAAGCUUCAAAAUAGUCUUUACCGUAAUGUGAUCAAGUCCAAAGUAUUGAUAUUUCCCAUAUCUUUGAACAUCCGUGGGACAGAACUGGAACUACAUGAAAGGCUGAAAGAUAUUAUAUGGUAUAGAUACUUCCAUUCUAAUCUCAAACCCAUACCCCAGGAGGCGCCUGAUCGCCUGGUUGAUGAAAAGGAGUUGAACUCCCUCAGAAAUCAACUGAAAGCAGUGCAAAUUGUCACAGAUAUACGACGAUACAUGCUAGAUAUCAUAGUCUACACUAGAACACACAGAAUGGUGGUAGGAGGCCUCCCCACAUACGUGAUAGACGAUUUUGAAUUGUUUUGCAAGUGUCAGAGUCUGUUAAGAGGCUACGAUUAUGUAAUUCCUAUCAUUGUCAAACUAUCUGCCCUGUGGCUUCUCCCUUUCAAAAUCAAGAUACUGAAUAAGGUCAAUCUAGAGCCUUCACUUCAGUGGGGGAGUGACUACGAGUUGGUGAAGGAAGUUUGCAGCCGGAUGUCAGAUGCAAACGUUAUAAUUGAAGAAGUGGUGGCCAACGUGGGCCCUCCUUUAUAG